GAGCCGCCGCGCACACACCGGAGCAGUCUGUGCCCCGGUGCCGCAGCCCCGGCAGCCCCGCUCCGCUCCGCACCCCGGCCAGCCCGGCCCCGCCGUGGGCCGUGGGGAGAUGCGGCCCCGCUGAUCCCCGCCGAUCGAUCCCCGCCGAUCCCCGCCGGCCCGGCCAGCCCGGUUCCCGGGGUACGCGGCUCCGCAGCAUCCCGGCUCCUCGGUAACCCGGUAUCCUCGGUAACUCGGUACUCCGGUAUCCCGGGGAACUCACCUCCACAGCACCCCGGCAUCCCGGGAACUCACCUUCACGGCAUCCCGGGGAAACUCACCUCCACAGCACCCCGGCACCCCGGGAACUCGUCUCCGCUGAUCCCAGCUCCGCGGUGACCCCGUACUCCGGCUCCCCGGGGGCUCACACCCGCAGCACCCCGGCUUCCCCCGAACUCCGUGCUCCCGGCACCGAGCGUACCUCGGCUCCCCGGUACCCAGUUCCUCGGUUCCCCGGGCUCCCCCGCAGCUCAGCAUCCCCAUCUUCCCCUCUCCUCCGUACCCCAGGACCCCAUCUCCCCAUUAACCUCAGUUCCCCCAGCACCAGUAACUCCGCACCCCGGCUCCCCGUGCUUCACCGGUCCCCGGGCUCCACGGCCCCCCGAGACCGUGACCAUGGCAUUCAUGGUGAAGAGCAUGGUGGGGGGGCAGCUGAAGAACCUGACGGGCGGCCUGGGCGGCGAGGAGAAGAGCGAGGGCGAGAAGACUCCGGCCGAGGCGCAGGGCAUGACCCGGGAGGAGUACGAGGAAUAUCAGCGGCAGCUGGUGGAGGAGAAGAUGGAGAGAGAUGCCCAGUUUGCCCAGCGCAAGGCGGAGAGGGCCACGUUCAGGUCCCACUUCCGCGACAAGUACAGGCUCCCCAAGAACGAAACGGAUGACAACCAGAUCCAGCUGGUGGGAGGUGACGUGGAGCUGCCCAAAGAGCUGGCUAAGAUGAUCGAGCAGGACAACGAAGAGGAGGAAGAGAAGAAUUCGGUUAUCGGCCAGCUCAGCAAUAUCCAGAACCUGGACCUUGAUUCCUUGAAAGACAAAGCUUCGGCCACGCUAGAGGACCUGAAGCAAUCGGCUGAGAAAUGCUCCGUGAUGUGACCCGGCCAACCCCCCCCUUUCCCCGUCGACGUGACGGUGGGAGAGAAGGGAGGGGGACGCAGCGAAGGGUCUGGCGGUGGCCGUUGCCUGCAGCGGGGACCCCACUGGUGUCGUCACCCUUACCU